GAGAGAGGGUUACUGGCGGACAUGCUACGCCGGCUCUGCUUUAUCAGCCGGUAGCUGCUCUCGGCUGAUCUCUGGACCCUCAGAUUGAGCAACACAACAAGAGCCAGGCAGCUUUAAAAUCACAGAGACAAAAAGGCAGGAGGGAGGCAAGACAUGAAUCAAAGAAAGUGAAAGAAGGAAGAGGGAACAAGAGGCUGAAUAGUAAAGAGUGGCGAGGGAAGGGAGCAGUUGUAGUACAAGGUGAAGCGUCAGCAGAGGGUCUUCUGGGUGAAACUUUUUAUUUAAGAGGAGCAUGAGAGGGAGGACUGGGGGGGUCAGAGGCAGGGGUCCGGUACCGACUAAUUGUGGUGACAGCCUGUGCCAGGGGAGGAGGACUCAUGUGAGACUCAGAGGAAUAAAAAGAUAGACACAAAGAGAAGGAAAAGAGAGGGAGCGGACGGCCCAAAGCUGGACUUCAGUAUGGGUGUGAAGAGCAAGGCUGCUGCUGCUAUCUUAGUCCUGCUGCUCUUCCUGGGCUCCCUGUGGCUCCAUGGAGGUUUGGAUUACCACUGGGAUUCUUGCUUAAAAGGUUAUAACCAAGCGAAUAAGCUCCACCAGCUGUACAACAGCAGUGGAGCCGAAGGAGCUGAGGGCCGGCAGGUCCUAGAGUCGUGCCCUGGCCAGACCUUCCAGGUGUCGCUGCUGCUCAGCCACCUGCUGGCUGCUCCGGCCUACGACUCCGACGUGCUCCUGCAGCCGUAUCUGGCCAGCUGGGAUGAACUCGUGAGAUUCAUGGAAGCUCUCGGCUCGAUGGUGGGGCUGAUAUCAAAGGAAAUAGAAACUAAGACUUCCAUAAUCCGCCAGCUGGCUCGGUUGUCUGAAGAGAGCCCUGAAGCAGAGCUGGUAGAUGUAAACUCAGUAAACCCUGUGAGCACAGAGUUAGGGACUACGAAUGAUCCAGAGGCCUCACGGCACACCGGUGCCUACCACUCUGUGCACUCCAUGAUUGCGGCAGAGCUGAACCGAGGCCUUGUGGACUUUAAACUACAGACGGACUCUGGAUGCCGGACUCUGCUGCGUCUGCACCGCGCUCUGCUCUGGCUGAAACUCUUCUUGCAGAAGCUGGCUGAGACGCCAGUGACUGGCCGACUCAGGAGCCCCUCAGAGCUUUGCCGCGAGGCCUACCAGAGCACGCUCGCCAAUCACCACACCUGGUACGUACGGAGGGCCGCUGAGCUGGCCUUCAUAGCCAUGCCGGAGCGAGGUUUCUUCUUCAGAUUGGUGUGUGUGCAGGACCAGGAGGGGCUCAGCAUGGUGCUAAACAGAGUGGUUCAGGCUAUUGGAGAGGUUUACGACAGGACGCAGAAAGCCCUGGAGGAAAAUGGCAUGCUGGACUUGCCAUAGAAAGUGAACUGUCAGACUGAGCAGAAAGACUCUUCUGUUUUAUCAUGUUUUGCACAGUCAUAUUAAGGGCAUAUAAAAAGUAUAAACUUGUAAUGAAGACAUGAAGGGCUGUUUUAUUGGCUGAAAUGCACAUGUGCCAUAUUUGUCCUCCCAACCAAAGUGCUGUUAACAAUCAACAUAUACUGGAAGUUUCUUUCAGUCUGUAGGCAUUCCUAUUCAAUUUUAUGAGACCAUGUCUCGACUAGAGGCUUUUUAAAGGCAGCUGAUGAUACAUUUGGACUGUUUAAAUGCAGACUGUGAAUUAAUGAAGCUGGUGCAUACAGAAACAUAAGCUUGACAAAGCACAAAGUAAAGUUAGUGAUGUUUUUGAGAGUGGGUCACAGAGGAGAUGAUAAAAGCUGCUGUGAAGAGUCUGGUUUUCAAACAGGCUGAAAUCAAAACUGACACACAAAAUAAACCAUAUACUAUUGUGAAGACCGAUAAUUUAACUAUUUAUGUUUGUGACUACUAAGGGCUGGUGUCAGAGGGCUGCUGGAACUGCCUUUUGUUUACAUUUUCCACAGCAAAAAUGGACAGUGACCCCUCGUUUCCACUUACAUACUAUGGUUACAGAAGCAUCUAUCAGGAAUCUGUCCUAUGAAAAUCUCCUUGAUGUUCCGUCGUGCCGUCGAAAUUCCUUCCCUCUGUAAGAUUCACAUACAAUACACUGAAAAAAACGGAACAUUUGCAGAAAAUUUCUGAGAAACUGUAGACAGUGUGCUGCUUAAGUGGGUCACUACACGAUAACAGUGCCAAUCGUUGGCCUGAACCCCCGACAAAGUCAUCAAAGUCCUGAUUAUCAAAUGGAUUUUAAGAUUAUCUUGCCUGAUUGUCGCGAUUGUGUGCUGUUUUAAGAACGACUUUUUCCCUCUCAGACCUGAUUGAAUGGCGGUCCAGCUCCUGCACAAGCAGAAUUGUCAUGUGGAAGGGAGCAAGAGCCAAUCAGGAAGCAUGUUGACAGAAGGAACCAAAACGAAAAUACAGUCAUCGGUCAUGAUAGUAAUUGGGAAGCAUACAGUUAGAUACACGUCAGAAAUGGACGAGCGACUUGAUGAUCCAGGACGAAUACUGUUACAGUCCUGCCACACGCUAUACAAACAAACCGUAACACCUGUCAUUAUUCAUCACCAUGUGUGGGCCUCAUUUACGGCGUCAUUUUUCAUGAUUUUGAAGCUUAAUUUUAUAAACCUAGAGAUGUUUUAUUUGACUGAUAUUUGACCUGGGGGUUCAUAACACAGUGACCUGUCAUACAGAUUUAUUUUCACUUUGCAGGGUCUUUAAAAAUGAUACGCAAGUUAACAUACAAACAAAUAUUUACAUGGCUGAAUGAGUUACCUUACCUGUUUUUUUCUUACCAAAGUGGCAAAAAACUGUCAAAACUACACUCUUCCCAUUGCUGCAGGUAGUUCUUAUCAGAUUUCUAUAAACUGUAAAAAAAUGCACUUUAUUGCAUUGGACACUAGGAGGUCUCACCUGUAACUGAACAGAUACAUGGACAUCAGUCACAUAUGUAAGUUGAAACGAGGCUUCAGUCCUAUUUUAAUUUAAGACCCAGCACUUUGAUGUUUUGUUUCUUUAAAUUGUAAAAUACACUAUUUACGGGGCACCAGGAGCCCAGUGGUUUUAUCCACGUGCCACUCAUGCAGAGGCCUUAGUCCUCAAAGUGGGUUAAUAUCUGGUCUGUGGUUCCUUUUCCCUUGGACUCAAACCCAAAGCUCUUCACAGAAGUUCUUAAGUAAUAUUGCAUCAAAUGGUACAGUUUGUGUUUCUUUAUGAGGUAAAUUUAUAUUCAGAUUUUGCUCCGAAUGAAUGCUGCUUUAAUGAUGUUUGACUUGAUUUAGUAAGCUACCUCAUAAGUGGAUAGGUCUAGGUGCCUUUUAGCCUUAUAUCUGGGUCCAAUCAAUCUUGAUUAAAGAAGUAUUACACUAAUAAAUCAACAUAUGAUUAAAAACGGUGCUGAUUGUAGUGUGAAUGCAGAGUAUUAAUGCCUGAGUUUUACACUGUAAGCUUUUGUACCAUGUUCAGAAUGAUUAAAUAUAUAUCUUUAUGAGUAAAAAGAAAAAAGAGGGAAUGCAUUUGUGCGUUUGUGAAGUAGUCUGGUCCAUCUAUGUGAUGAGUUUGACAUUUAAAUGUCACUGUUGUGUAAUGCUGAGGUUUUCAAUGCUCUGAAAGACUUUUUAUAUAACGCUGCAUAAAUCUGCUUUGUUUGAUCCUUUUACCAAGAAACAAUUUAAAUCAGCAGAGGGUUUAUUUCCUCAGAAUAUCUCUUUGUCUGUUAUACACAAGGGCUGGGAAUCGCAGGAUAACUCAUGAAACAAUAACACGCAUUACAUGGCUCAUGAUAACAACAACAUCACAAUACUGUGUUUUUUUGUCUUCAUCCUUUUACAUCUUUUUACUAUCUGACGUCCUAUCUUCUUCUUCUCCCUCUCCUUCUUUUAUCUCCCUGCCAAUCUAUGUUCAUAUCAUCCUCAUUUAUUUCAUAAGCACUGCCGUGAUUGGUUAGAAAGUAAAGAUGCAGUGAGUCAAAUCAUCAGGGAAAUCUGUUUGACUGUCAUAUUUCUUCAAAUUUAAAUAUGAAUAUUUGGUACCAGCAUUUUGACAGUUGUAUCACACAAGUCAGGACAAAACUGUAUUGCCUUAUCAAAGUUUUUUCCCACCACUAUGAUAGACAAACCCCAAUUCCAAAAAAGUUGGGACACUGCAUAGAACAUCAAUCAAAACAAACAAGGGAUUUCUGCAUUGUUUUCAACUCAUAAUCAAUGGAAUACAGAACAAAGACAGGUAAUAAAUGUUCAAACUGAUAAACUUUAUUGUUUUUCUGGAAAUAUACACUCAUUCUGAACUUGAUGCCUGCAAAAUGUUCCAAAAAAGUUGGGAUAGGAGCAUGUUCACCUCGAACAGUUAACACUAACUGUUAACUGUGGAACUAUUUCCCAUUCGUCCUCGAUGAACAUCUUAAGUUGCUUCAUAAUGUGCCUUACAUGUUCAGUAGGAGAGGGGUCUAGACUGCAUGCAGGUCAGCCCUUCUAACCACAGACUUUUCCUGCAAAGCCAUGCUGGUGUAACUCAUGCAGAAUGUGGCUUGACAUUGUCUCACUGGAAUAAACUGGGACAUCCCUUAAAGAUCGACUGGAUGGAAGCGUGUUACUCCAAAACCUGCAUGUACCUCUCAGUGGUAAUGGUGCCUUCAAAGAUGUGCAAGUUACCCAUGCCAUGAGCACUAACACACCCUCAUACCAUCACAGAUUCUGGCUUUGGAACUUUACAUAACAGUCUGGAUGGUCUCCUUUGUGUCCAGGAGGACUUGAUGGCCAUUAUUUCCAAUAAAAACAGUUUGUCAUGUGGACUCCUUAGACCACAGCAGUGCAGUGACAUUCUGUGUUAACUGACGGUGGUUUUCUGAGCUGCUACCUGAGGAAUGGAAGCUCAUUCAGUGUUGGAUUUUAGUUUUGCUCCUUACAUGUAGAGAUUUAUCCAGAUUCUCUGACUAUUUUGAUGAUAUUGUGGACUGUGGUGAAAUAUUU